AUGCCGCGCCUCCCAGACGAAUCCGACGAGGAGCACGACCUUCUCGACGAGGGCCGCCGCCGAGCCCGCCGCAUCCUCCAUGGCUUCAUCGACUUCGCGUUCCAGGGCAACGUGCUCGAGAUCGCCUUCGGUCUGAUCAUCGCGUCCAUGUUCACCGCCCUCAUCACCAGCCUAGUCAGCGACAUCAUGCUGCCGCCUCUGUCGGUGCUGCUGCCGCUCAACAAGAACCUCGAGGAGAAGUUUGCCGUGCUGCAGGCCGGCCCGCACCGCCCGGCCGAGGGCGGCUACAACACGCUCAAGCAGGCCCAGGAUGACGGCGCUGUUGUCAUGGCUUAUGGCUUCUUCCUGAACCGGCUGCUCAACUUCAUGGGCGUCGGGUGCUCGCUGUACGGCCUGGCCGCGCUGUACCAGUACUUUUCACAGGACCCCAUCAUCAAGCACACGGGUUGUGGCUGA